AACAAUACUACCAAAUCCUCAGUAAUUGCUGCAGAUGCACAGAAAAUUUCCAGCAACACUUAGGCAUUAGAGAGCAAUGUAGAUAAAAUGAACCAGAUGAACAGCAGUGUCUCAUGUCGGAUCUGCAAGAGCUUUUCCGGCAACGAUCUAAUCAAGUCACCCUGUCUUUGUAAAGGAAGCAUGGGCUAUGUCCACUUCACGUGUCUGGAGCGCUGGUUGAACCAGGCGAGUAGAGACUCCUGUGAGCUGUGCCAUUACCGAUUCAAUGCUGUUCAGAGUCGUCGCUACAGUCUUCUGCGCUCCUGGUAUAUAUGGAUCAGUAAUUCUACCCACCGCACGUAUCUGUGUUAUGAUCUCCUCAUAGCCCUCAUCCUCACAGCCCUCACGCUCGCGAUAGUCUGCCUUUGUCUGGUGGGUAUCGGAAUAUUUGUGACCCAGGAAGACAGACCAAGCUUAAAGGAACCGAUUGUGCGAGGAAUCAUCAUGUUCUUCCUGAUUAUGCUCAUGUCCAGCUAUAUGACCACCCUGUACCUCAUACUCCAGGACCACGUCAAGCCCUGGUACAACUGGUGGCGUUCUUGUAUCAGUGUGAAACUCAUCAUCAGUCCUGAUUUGGUGCAACCAUGCCUACAGGUCCAAGAUCCUCCAGCCCAAGAGAUACGAUCCAAAGAGAUGUUGUCAUUGGUCCAAUCAGACAGUUGCUGCAGUGUCUGCCCAGUGAAGCCAGACAAAACCUUUACUGACAUAAUAAAACCGACAUCUGAAAUUAAGGUUGCAUAGAGAUAACUUACUGAAAUUGGCCUUUAUGAUAAAUCUUUUCAGAAUUAAAGCAACUUAAGAUUGA